AUGGGGUACAACGUGAAACAAGUGUUAGUGGACCAAGGCAGUUCGGCGGAUAUAAUGUUUUGGGAAGCUUUCGUUGGGAUGAAGAUUCCGACUGAUCGUCUCAUGCCGUACGCUGGUACGUUGGUUGGUUUUGCAGGUGAUCAGGUAAUAGCCAGGGGAUACGCCGACUUGGAGACAAUGUUCGACCAGGGAGACAACAUGAAAACUGUCAUUAUCCGAUACCUGGUGGUAAACGCACAAUCAUCCUACAACAUACUAGUCGGUAGACCAACACUAAAUAAGUUGGGAGCGGUCGUCUCCACGCCUCAUUUGAAGCUGAAGUACCCUUUGCCCAGCGGAAAGGUGGGCGUUGUCUACGUCGAUCAAGACGUAGCGAGGAAAUGCUACGAAGACAGUUUGAGGGCGAGGCGACACCUAUAUGUGACACAGGCUGAUAGGGGUGUUCAGUCAAUAGAGUUGGAUCCGAGAAUGAAUCAUUUCGAUACCCGACCAGCCCCAGCGGAGGAUGUAAAGGAGGUUACCCUGGCCGAGGGGCAAAUCGUCAAAAUUGGUGUAUCUCUAAACAAGGAAGACGAGGAAGGUCUAGUCACUGUGCUAAAGAGCAACAUAUCGGUUUUCGCGUGGAGUGCCGGAGAUAUGCCGGGCAUUGAUCCUGAUUUCUUAUGUCACCACCUCAUGGUCGACCCCAAGGCGAAGCCCGUGAUCCAGAAAAGGCGAAAGUUUGGAGAAGACAAAAGGAAGGCCAUAGUGGAGGAGACGAGAAAAUUGAUGGCAGCUGGUCAUAUUCGGGAAAUCCAAUACCCGACGUGGCUGGCGAACGUAGUGAUGGUACGAAAGAGUAAUGGAAGUUGGAGGAUGUGUACAGACUUCACUGACCUAAACAAAGCUUGCCCGAAAGACUCAUACCCACUCCCCAACAUAGACUGCCUGGUCGACGGCGCCUCGGGGUACGAGCUGUUAAGUUUCAUGGACGCCUACUCCGGUUACAACCAAAUCCGAAUGCACCCAGCUGAUGAGGACAAAACGGCCUUCAUAGCCGAUCAGGCUACUUGUUGUUACAGGGUCAUGCCUUUUGGUUUGAAGAACGCGGGAGCGACAUACCAGCGGCUCAUGGACAAAGUCCUGGCAAAGCAGCUUGGAAGGAACGUUGAGGCAUACGUGGACGAUAUGGUGGUAAAGUCGGACAGCUUCUCUCGGCAUUACGCCGACUUGCAAGAGUGCUUCGACACUUUGGCGCGUUAUCGACUCAAGUUGAAUCCCGCGAAGUGCUCCUUUGGCGUCCAAGCAGGAAAGUUCCUCGGUUUCCUGCUGACCCAUCGUGGUAUUGAGGCAAAUCCCGAGAAGUGCUCCGCGAUCAUCAAUAUGAGAAGUCCGGCGACGGUAAAAGAGGUCCAGCAGUUGACAGGAAGGAUGGCAUCCCUCUCUCGGUUCCUCUCCAAGGCGGCAGAUAAAUCGUUGCCUUUGUUCCAGUGCUUGAGGAAGAACAACCGCUUUGCAUGGACAGAUGAAUGUGAAAAAGCUUUCGGCGAGCUCAAACAGUCUCUCACCUCGCCCCCAAUACUCUCCAAACCGCAAGCCGGUCUCCCUUUACUGAUGUAUUUGUCGGCAUCCGAUAGCGCCAUCAGUGUAGUCUUAGUACAAGAAAGAGGUAGUUCUCAACUGCCUAUUUAUUUUAUUAGCAGGGUGUUGCAAGGCGCGGAGAUUCGUUACCAAAAGAUUGAGAAGCUAGCCCUCGCGAUACUGGUUACAGCACGCAAACUGAGACAUUACUUCCAGAGUUACGAGGUGGUAGUCCGAACAGAUCACCCGAUUAGGCAAAUACUGCAGAAGCCCGACCUGGCAGGAAGGAUGAUGAAGUGGUCGGUGGAGUUGUCGGAGCAUUCCAUCAAGUACGAACCGAGAGGAGCAAUCAAAGCUCAAGCGCUGGCUGACUUCGUAAUGGAACUAACCUCACCAGUGGGGGAAGUUCGAACUGAAGACACACAGUGGAUCCUGUCGGUAGAUGGAGCCUCGAACCUUGGAGGAAGUGGAGCGGGGAUUGUCUUGGAAGGACCGGGAGGAAUUUUGUUGGAACAGUCAUUGCGAUUUGAGUUCCGGGCAAGCAAUAACCAGGCCGAGUAUGAAGCAUUGUUGGCCGGAAUGACAUUGGCGAAGGAAAUGGGGGCGACAAGCUUAUCAGCACGAAGUGACUCCCAAUUAAUCACGGGACAGGUAGCCGGCACCUUCCAAGCAAAGGACCCUCAACUGGCCAAAUACCUGGAGAAGGUUAAGCACCUUUCGGAAAAUUUCCGAGAAUUCACACUUAACCAUGUACCACGAGAGCAAAACUCCAGGGCCGACCUGCUCUCCAAGCUUGCAAGCACAAAGAAACCAGGAGCUACUCGGUCAGUCAUCCAAGAAACGCUGUCACGACCGAGUAUAAACGAGGCGCAAGGAAAUAUCCUAUUCAUCCAGGAAGAGUUAAAUUCUUGGAUGGCACCAUACAUUGCAUAUUUGACUCGGGGGGAACUACCGGAAGACAAAAAGGAGGCAUCGUUAGUGCAAAGGGAGUCGGCCAGGUUCGUUGUCAUCAACGAAAGGCUGUACCGAAGGGGCUUUAGCUCUCCUCUCCUGAGGUGUUUGACCACGUCGCAAGCGCAGAGGGUGAUGGACGAGGUACAUAGUGGUAUGUGCGGCAGUCAUAUCGGAGGCCGAGCUCUAGUGUACAAGGUCUGUCGCAAGCGCAGAGAGUGA